GGAAUCUGCCCCGCGCACUUCCUGGACACGAAUCAACCGGUCUUUCAAGCAGCUCUGUUCCUGCCUCACAGGGGUCGAUGGUCAUUCAUUAGUGCAGCUCUCUCUUAUCUGCUCGGUGUAUGAUUGUGACUCUGCUGCACAGGCUGAAGGAGCUCCCACGCGUCGUUCACAGGCUGAGUGUGAUGAUGAAUCCGCAGGUCGUGUUUGUUUUGGGCGGGCCUGGCGCGGGGAAGGGGACACAAUGCGCGAGAAUCGUGGAGAACUACAGCUACACUCACCUGUCUGCCGGAGACCUGCUGAGAGAGGAGCGCAGCCGCAGCGGCUCUGAGUUUGGGCAGCUCAUCGACACCUACAUCAAAGAGGGCAAGAUAGUUCCUGUUGAAAUCACCAUCAGCUUGCUGAAAAAGGCAAUGGAAGAGACCAUGAAAGCCGAUGAAAAGAAUUUCCGCUUUCUUAUCGAUGGGUUCCCACGAAACCAGGACAAUCUGCAGGGCUGGAACCGUGUCAUGGACGGGAAGGCCGAUGUCAAGUUUGUGCUUUUCUUUGACUGCGGUAAUGAGGUUUGUAUCGACAGAUGUUUAGAGCGGGGGAAGAGCAGCGGACGCACCGAUGACAACAGAGAAAGUCUAGAGAAAAGGAUCCAGACGUACCUCCAGUCCACACGGCCCAUCAUAGAGCAGUACGAGAAGCAGGGGAAGGUGCGCACCAUUGAUGCCUCCCGAUCAGUGGAUGAGGUGUUUGCAGAUGUGAAGAACAUUCUGGAGAAAGAAGGCUAAACGUCCACAGCAAAAAUCCAAAUUCUUGAACAUUAAGGUGUAUUGUCGGCAUUUUUACUCCUUCAACAGUAAAAUAAGUUGUUGUUUUUUUUAGAUGCGAGAGUGUGUGCUUAUAUCGAUGUUUGUAAGUCUGAAAGGAGAACACUUUUUUGCUGAGCAAGCAAUCCUUCUUGCUCAAUAUUAAAGUGAUGAAGAACAAUAUUUCAUUGGAGCAUCAAGCAAGCUUGAGCAAUAAUGAUCAGGGCACUUCUGUAGGAAGAGAACAUGCACGCUUCUGCUCUUAACUUCAGGAUAAUCUUCCAUUAAGUGUAUAAAACACAAUUAGAAAUAAGCCAAGAAUAGGUUGGAAAAUACUACAGUUCCUAUUGGCUCCUGCACGUAUCCGUUUCAUUCUGAGCUCUAAAUGACCAACAGGAAGUAAGAUUUCCAGACCUGUUUGUGUCCUAUUUGGUAACAUUUUUUCAUUGUUUUGUAUAAUAAUCCACAGCAGGUUCUGAGGACCGUUUGCUGGAGAGCUGAGUUUUAGCUGUAUGUUUUUCUUUUAUCAUAUUUUGGCUGAUGUAUUCCAAACACAUGCCAUCUUUGCUCAGGCAGUAGAUUUUAAGAUGUGGGGAAGGGGGCUCAUGCUUUUAUUUGAUUGGCUCAGCAUCUCUGUGUUGUUCAUGAAGAAACUGAAUUUGCCAUAUUGAUGUGACCGUUCCAUAGAUAACACAAAACAAUAUAUGAAAUAUCAGUGAUGACAGAACCCACUGAAAAAAAAAUAAACGUUCUGAUGUUGAAUGUC